ACGGACAGCCCCAGUCCGAAUAGGUUCGAGUACGACAGCGACGUGAUGGGCGUGCAGGAGCGGAUGCUGCGCGGGCAGGACGAACAGCUGCGGUCCAUAGGCGACACCAUGGGCUCGCUGCUGACAGUGUCCCGCCAGAUCGGCAUAGAGAUCGACGAGCAAGCUGAGAUGCUCGACGACUUGAACACCGAGCUAGAGAACACGGACUCCAAGUUAGACUCCACUAUAAAAAAGGUGGCCAAGGUGCUUCAUAUGAACAAUGAUCGGCGCCAAUGGCUCGCGAUCCUGGUUCUAGUCGGCCUUCUAGUGUGGAUGCUUAAAGAAGACCGUGUUGCAGUUAUUGCGUUGCAUCGUUGCGGUUACACGCCAAUUCAAAUUUUUGACAUACUGAAAAAUUUGAAUAUAACUAAAAGAUUCGUUUAUCGUACCAUCAAACGAUACAAUGAAGACUCUAGUGUAGAUGACAGGUCAAGAAGUGGUCGCCCUCGGUCUGUUAGGACGCCAGCAGUGAUAAAAGCUGAGAAGGCGCGAAUUCAAAGAAAUCCCAAACGUAAGCAGAAACUGUUGGCCCUUCAGAUGGGGUUAAGCAGAACCACCGGGAAAAGGGUGUUAAAUGCAGACUUGAAGUUUCGGGCAUAUCGAAGAAAAACAGGACAUCGUUUGAAUGCUCGUCUAAUGGACCUGAGACUGAAGAGAUGCCGCGCUUUGUUGAAGCGGUACGCGGGAAAAAAAUAUCGGGAAGUUCUUUUUUCGGUUGAAAUUUUUUUACCGUAG